GGCGGAGGAUCUAAACUCUCCGUUCCGCGAGGGGCGUUUCUAGCGCGUCUUUCAGAAGGAGAGCGUCGGGAUCUCCAGGAUCUGUGCGUCGCGUCGCGUUGCUCUCUGCAGCUCGGCUCCGCCCGCGGCGCGGGGCGUGUCUCUGUGGGCGGGUGUUUGCGCGCGCUGCUGAUGUGAGGACGCAGGUGACGCGGCGCUCAGCUCCCAUCGGAAGACGCGCAGGACCGAGACGCGUUGCUCUCUGACGGAUACUGACAUUAUUCCGGACUGAGAUUCCAGAGAAAAGCGCAGGGAUUUGGGAAGAAGGAGAGACGGAGACGCAGGAGAGCAUUGCGAAGUUCUGGAGAAGGCUGGAAUCUGGAGGCCAGUAGAACGUUUCUCAUGUAGGAUAAGAGUAUUUGGAUGAACAUGGACAAAUGACCCGCACAUAAAGACUCAGUCAUGAGCAUCACCUGUGGUCCACAGGACUCAAGAUAGCUGCAUCCCGCCUCUCAGCAUCAGCCUGAAGGAAACCAAGAAUCACAGUGCAUCUCAGUUGGAAGCCUCUCACAGAAAACUUAAAUUGGCAACCAAGCUAAGGAUAAAGAGCAGGAAUCCCCAUCGAUCCCUCAUCACCCCCUGCCCGUGCCUGAUGCACCGACCAAUGGAGAGACUACGGAUAGAGUCUGGAUAAAGUGGAGACAGGCCCAGAAAAGAGAGAAAACAACUGAACGACUGGCCCGUCUUGGCCUUGUCUGCGAUCGUAGUCAAAGAGAAACUCUGAGUGCUAUCUCAGCUCUGUCGAGAGCAGGUUUCUGAGCUUGUAUUAUUGGGGUGGGUGAAAUGCAGUCCGGGUGCUGGUCCUCUCUCUGGCCCCUGUGGCCCUUGCUGUUGGCCGGACUCUUUCUGUCGGCUGGGGCCCUGGAGUUUGGUGGAGCCCCGGGGCAGUGGGCUCGCUACGCCCGCUGGGAGGCCGGUUCCAUCGGGGAGCUCAGCUUUAGCCUGAAGACCAAUGUGAGCAAGGCACUGGUUCUGUACCUGGACGACGGUGGGAACUGUGACUUUCUGGAGCUGAUCAUCGGCGGCGGACACCUGCAGCUGCGCUUCGCCAUCCACUGUGCCGAGCCGGCCGCCCUCCAGAUGGAGACCCGUGUCAACGAUGACCGCUGGCACAUGGUGCUGCUCACUCGCAACUACCGCGAGACCAUGCUGAUGGUGGACGGGGAGACCAAAGUGGCGGAGGUGCGUUCCAAGCGCAAGGAGAUGGCGGUCGUCAGCGACCUGUUCGUGGGGGGCAUCCCACCGGAUGUGCGUCUCUCCGCGCUCACGUCCAGCACGGUCAAGUACGAGCCUCCGUUCAUGGGUUUGAUCUCCAAUCUGAAGGUGGGCGAGAUGCCUCCCACUCUUCUCAACAGCAACGGCAUUCAUAACGAUCUGGAGUAUCUGUGCGUCAAGCAGAACCCCUGCCUCAACGGAGGAUACUGCAGCGUCCAGUUCGGCGAGGUCCACUGCGACUGCUCCCACACACGCUUCCGAGGGAAAUACUGCAAAGAAGAAGAGUACGCGGUGGAAGGUCUGGCGCACCUGACGUUAAACAGCCAAGGAGACUCGUCUCUAGUCGGGAAAGAAGAAUCGGUGGCCACCUUCAAGGGGAACGAGUUCUUCUGUUACGAUCUGUCCAUGACUCCCAUCCAGAGCAGCACGGAUGAGAUCACGCUGUCCUUCCGAACGCUCCAGCGUAACGGCCUGAUGCUUCACACCGGGAAAUCUGCAGACUACGUCAACCUGUCUCUGAAGAGCGGAGCCGUGUGGCUCGUCAUCAACCUGGGCUCCGGCGCCUUCGAGGCGCUCGUGGAACCGGUGAACGGGAAGUUUAACGACAAUGCUUGGCACGAUGUUAAAGUCACGCGAAACCUGCGACAGCACUCAGGCAUUGGACACGCUAUGGUCACCAUCUCAGUGGACGGCAUCCUGACCACCACUGGAUACACGCAGGAGGACUACACCAUGCUGGGCUCCGACGACUUCUUCUACAUCGGAGGAAGCCCAAACACGGCCGACCUGCCCGGAUCUCCUGUCAGCAACAACUUCAUGGGCUGCCUGAAAGACGUGGUGUACAAGAACAACGACUUCAAGCUGGAGCUGUCUCGUCUGGCCAUCGAGAGCGACCCUAAGAUCAGUCUGCACGGGGACCUGGUGUUCCGCUGCGAGGAUGUGGCGGCCCUCGACCCCGUGACCUUCGAGACGGCCGAGUCCUACAUCGCCCUGCCGCGCUGGGACACAAAGAAGACCAGCUCCAUCUCCUUCGACUUCCGCACCACGGAGCCCAGCGGCCUGCUGCUGUUCAGCCACGGCAAACCUCAGAGCCGAGAGCAGCGGCCCGGCCGAGAGAUGAAGACGGACUACUUCGCCAUGGAGCUGCUGGACGGCUUCCUCUACCUGCUGAUGGACAUGGGCUCCGGCAGCAUCAAGCUCAAGACCAGCAACAAGAAGGUGAACGACGGAGAGUGGUGCCACGUGGACUUCCAGAGAGAGGGACGGAGAGGCUCCAUCUCCGUCAACAGCCGCUCCAUCCCCUUCAGCUCUAACGAGGGCAGCGAGAUCCUGGACCUGGACAGUGACAUGUAUCUGGGUGGUUUGCCGGAGAGCGGUCAGGGCCUGAUCCUGCCGCCCGAGGUCUGGACCGCGCUGCUGAACUACGGUUACGUGGGCUGUGUCCGUGACCUGUUCAUCGACGGCAAGAGUCGAGACGUGCGUCGUCUGGCUGAGAUCCAGAGCGCUCCGGGCGUCAGCAGCUUCUGCACGCGUGAGCUCCAGAAGAGGUGCAGCAGCGCCCCCUGUGCCAACGGAGGACAGUGCAAGGAGGGCUGGAACCGCUACAUCUGUGACUGCACUGGAACCGGAUUCCUGGGAGCCAACUGUGAGAUCGAGGCGACGGUGUUGAGCUAUGAUGGCAGCAUGUAUCUGAAGAUCCUGAUUCCCAGCACGCUGCACACAGAGGCUGAGGAUGUGUCUCUGCGCUUCAUGUCCCAGCGAGCGUACGGUCUGCUCAUGGCCACCACCUCCAAAGAGUCAGCUGACACACUGCGGCUGGAGCUGGACGGAGGACGGGUCAAACUCACGGUCAACCUCGACUGUAUCAGGAUAGACUGUAACCUCAGUAAAGGUCCAGAGAUCCUGACGGCGGGUCAGAAACUGAAUGAUAACGAGUGGCACUCAGUGAAAGUGGUCCGGCGCGGGAGGAACCUGCAGCUGUCCGUGGAUAACGUGACUGUGGAAGGUCAGAUGACCGGUGAUCACACGCGUCUGGAGUUCCACAACAUCGAGACGGGCAUCAUGACGGAGCGCAGGUUCAUCUCCGUGGUGCCGUCUAACUUCAUCGGGCACCUGCAGGGCCUGACGCUCAACGGCGUGCCGUAUCUGGACCAGUGUAAGAACGGAGACAUCUCGUACUGCGAGCUGAACGCCCGCUUCGGCAUGCGCCACAUCAUCGCCGACCCCGUGACCUUCCGUAAUAGAGGCAGUUACCUGGCGCUGGCCACGCUGCAGGCGUACGCCUCCAUGCACCUGUUCUUCCAGUUCAAGACCACCAGCAGCGACGGCCUGCUGCUCUUCAACAGCGGCGACGGCAGCGACUUCAUCGUGGUGGAGCUGGUCAAAGGGUUCGUCCACUAUGUGUUUGACCUGGGGAACGGCCCGUCUCUGAUGAAGGGAAACUCUGAGAAGCCGCUCAAUGACAAUCAGUGGCACAAUGUGGUGGUCUCACGCGACACUAACAACGUGCACACGCUCAAGAUCGACUCUCGCACCGUGACACAGCACUCUAACGGAGCCAGGAACCUGGACCUCAAAGGAGAGCUGUAUAUCGGUGGAGUAGCGAGGAGCAUGUACAGCAGUCUGCCGAAGCUGAUCGCGUCUCGGGACGGAUACCAGGGAUGCCUGGCCUCCGUGGACCUGAACGGCCGGCUGCCAGACCUGCUCGCAGACGCCCUCCACAGAGUCGGCCAGGUGGAGCGAGGAUGCGACGGACCCAGCACCACCUGUACGGAGGACUCGUGUCAUCAUCAGGGGGUGUGUCUGCAGCAGUGGGAGGGCUUCUCGUGUGACUGCACCAUGACGUCCUAUGGGGGCUCGUACUGCAGCGAUCCUGGGACGACCUACAUCUUCGGCCGCGGAGGAGCCCUCAUCACGUACACGUGGCCCCCGAACGACCGGCCGAGCACGAGGGCAGACCGGCUGGCCGUGGGCUUCAGCACGCAGCUGAAGGAGGCCGUUCUGGUGCGGGUGGAGAGCGCCAAGGGACUCGGAGACUAUCUGGAGCUUCACAUAGAGCGCGGGAGGGUCGGCGUGAUCUUUAACGUGGGGACGGAUGACAUCGUCAUCGAGGAGAGCGGGGUGAUGGUCAGCGACGGGAAGUAUCAUGUGGUCAGAUUCACACGGAGCGGUGGGAACGCCACACUACAGGUGGACAAUCUGCCUGUGCUGGAGCGCUUCCCUUCAGGGGGCUUUGAUAGUGAACGGCUGGCUAUUGCUAGGCAAAGAAUCCCGUACCGACUCGGUCGGGUAGUUGACGAGUGGCUACUCGACAAAGGUCGGCAGCUGACCAUCUUCAACAGCCAGGCCUUCAUUAAGGUGGGCGGGGGUGAGAAGGGCCGUAACUUCCAGGGUCAGGUCUCGGGGCUGUACUAUAACGGCCUGCAGGUGCUGAAGCUGGCGGCGGAGGGCGAUCCGAAUGUUCAGGUGCAGGGGAACCUGCGUCUGGUGGGAGACGUGCCCUCCGUCAUGAGCACCGACACCACCUCCACCACACCCCUCGCAGACAUGUCCACCACCAUCAUGGAGACCACCACCACCAUGGCCACCACUACCACCCGCAGACAGCGCUCGCCCACCAUGAGAGACAGCGUCACGCAGAAUACUGACGAUCUCUUAGUAGCGUCAGCAGAAUGUCCGAGUGAUGAUGAAGAUCUCGAGGAGUGUGAGCCUGGAAACGGAGGUGAACUAGUGUUGCCAAUUAUAACUGUGGAUUCCCUUGACCCCCCAUCAAUUGUGACACAUUACCCCGUUAUUCCCCCGCCCCCGACCUAUCGCCCCUUCCUCACCUUGCUCGAGACCACCAAAGAUUCUCUCCCCUUGCCCGGCCGGCCCCCCUGUCCGCUGGACCAGGAGGACUGUGAAGAGCCCAUGGAGGUCUCGGCCUACGGCUCGGGCGAGAUGACGGAGUCCGACGAUGAGGAUUAUUAUAAAAACUCCCCCCUUGUCACUGACCGGACUGUACUCCCCCCUCCCCCUGCAGCCGGGGACCCCCGAGGCGACCGGCCAAUCGCACGUAAUCCCAAGUCCCCUCGCCCUCCGCUCCCGUUCGCCCCCACGGCCCCCCCGGUGCCCCGGCUCAAACCCGGCAUCAACAGUGGCCCCAACAUCCCCGCGGGUAAAAUGAACACCCGUGACCAGGUGCUGCUGCCGCCCAUACAGCCAUCGGGCGACCCGGAACAUGGCGGGCGGCACCGGCAUGUCCCAGGUAUAACAUAUCCUCCCAAUUUUCCCCAUGUGCCCACUACAGACCCCUCAUCACCAGACCGAGGGCCUCCAGGAGCAGUGGAGGUGAUCCGAGAGUCCAGUAGCACGACGGGCAUGGUGGUGGGCAUUGUGGCUGCAGCCGCUCUCUGUAUCCUCAUCCUACUCUAUGCCAUGUACAAGUAUCGCAACCGCGACGAAGGCUCCUACCAGGUGGACCAGAGUCGCAACUACAUCAGCAACUCGGCCACGCAAAGCAACGGAGCCCUGGUGAAGGAGAAGCAACCCGGUGCAGCCAAGAUGGGCACAAAGAGCAAGAAGAACAAAGACAAGGAGUAUUACGUCUGAGCUCGGCCUCCAGAGGGACCGAGGCGGAAGCGAGGGGGAGAAGGAGAGAGAUAGGAUGAGGAAUGGAAAGGGAGGGAGUAUUUAUUGCAGUUUACCAGUCUCUUUAAUUUCCAAUCUAGCUGUAGGUUUCAUUUCCAGUAAGAGAGUAUAUGAGUUCGAAAGCACAUAGGAUUCAGAAUCACCCCCUCCCUCAUUUCCAUUUUUGAUAACUAAUCCCUAUUACCAAAAUAAAAAUUCCCUCACUUGUAAUUUAACACUCUAGUUUGUACUUUGUUAAUACUAGUCCUCAAUAUUCAUAAAAUCUCCUAAUCUGAUGUCAAAACACCCCCGUUUGCCAGGCUGAUUGGGCGAUCCAUUGUUGCUCCAUUCGAGUAUUGGAUGCGGUUGAGAAUCGUUUGGGAAUGAGAGCAGUUCAGUUGGAACGGCUUGGCAUUGGUGACAUUUCAGGAACAGAUGGUGGCGAAAACGUUUAGCAGUCACACUACUCCGUAAUACUGCCAAACAAGCUCCGUGUCAAAUCCGUCUCCCUCUCUUUCCAAGUGAUUCACGUUUCCAUUCUCCCAUCCCAUCAUCCCUCUCUUUCUCUCUUUCCUCACACCCUUUCUUGGCUUGUUCUCUCUUUUUCUCCUUGGUGCUCAGGAGCAGAUGCAACGUAAUUCUGUUGUGUUUCCAGCAUGUGGUAUUCAAAAUGAAAAGAGACAAAAACUGUUCUGUGGAGUUAAACAAAUAAAUAUAUAUCUAUAUAUCAAACUGUUACAACUAGCGAAACAUCUGUGGAUGAUACCUUAAGCCCCUAGGACUCUCGGUGGCCUGCAGUCACCCUGCAUUCAAGCAAAUAUUCGUUGUGUGUUUUUGGGGUUCCCCAAGGAUCUGUCCUGGACCCGCUGAGGAUCUUGGUUUCUGCUCCACAUUUAAGAACAUGAAACCCCCAGCAGCAAAUAGAUAUAUUCAAAUACAAAGACAAAGGGACAUGAGCAACUGAAGGUCUGAUGCGCUUGAUCAUGCCAACAAACCGUAUCAGUGGAAAACAGCAGAGCAGGAUGCUAGGAUGUCUUUUGUUUUGUUUUCUAUAUGUGUGUGUCUGUAUGUGUGCUUUUUUAUUUAGUCACAAUGUCAAAGGGAAAAGACAAUAACGAUCCAAUUAAUGUAAAUCCCAUGUAGGGAACGUAAACUCAGCUGCGUCUUUGACCACGUUCUCUCAGGAGGAAAGAAGGUAUGAACUUUGAGCAUUUAAUGGAACGAACUCUCAAAUGAAAGACAAAAUGGCUUGUUCCUUGGAAGAUGUACAUCUUGAACUCUAGUAUUCAAAUUUUCUCAACUCUAUGAAAAGAACUAAACUCUACAUUGAAAAGAAAAUGUUUAAAACAGUUUGUGAAAUGUCUAAAUAUUUGAAUCUCAUCCCAGUGCUAAAAGAGAUGUGUUUUUCCUAAUUAUCAUCCGUAAGAAAAAAAAAAGAAAAACAAAAAAAGAAAGUGCAGUGAAAUGCAAAGAUCAGUGAAUCGGAUUCCAGAAAGCAGAUGCUCUUUUUAGUAUAAAACAGCAAAAUGUGAUUUGGUUUACAAGAGAACAUUUCCUUUACAGGCAGGAGAGUAUCUCCUUGUAUCCAGAAGACUUUGAUCAUCAUCGUCAUCAUCCUCCGUUUAAAUCAUGUUGCUCGCUUUACUCAGCGUGUGGAGGGCUGUUCAUACUCCAUUCUCACUCAAUGAGGACCAGACCUCAUCAUCAUCAUUCGAUUUCACUCUUCCAUCUCUGUGUGUUUGUGUGAGCGUUUGUCUGUGUGAAUGUGUUUCCAUUCUAUCCGUUCCAGUUCAGGUUUGUCGGAUGCGUUUCUCCUCAGCUCUCUUGUUCUUUCUAAAUGUUAUUGUAGAGUGUCCCAGUGAGAUGAAUCUGCAUACGUGUAUAUUAUCAGAAGGGAAUACAAUUGGUUAUAUACUUCUUA